GCCGCCGCUAGCCCGCCGCCGCCGCCCAGCCGCGCGCGAGCGCCAAGAUGGCGUCCAUGCUGCUACAGACCUGCGGCCGGCGGGCCUGCCGCCUGCCCCGAGCGCUGCGCCGCCAGCCCCAGCUGGGUAACUUGGGAGAUCGGGCAUGUCUUAGCUGUACAUCCCUGAGGCUGGCAAACAAAAUGACUGUACACUUUAAAUAUUGCACUAGUGUCCCUCCUGUUUACGCAUACUCCAAAAAAGAUCGCUACUGUUGUUGGACUAAAGGAUCUGAACAAAUAUACUUUACUCUUACGAGCUCUUCUGGCUCAUGGACGCCACUAGCAACCAUGGGUGUUUUAGGUCCCCAGUAUCUUCCAGUUAGAUGGUGGCAUUCUUCACGUUCCCUUCGAGAUGACUCCAUAGUUGAAAAGUCACUGAAGUCCUUAAAGGACAAAAACAAGAAGUUGGAAGAAGGAGGUCCCGUAUAUAGUCCAACAGAAGUGGAAGCUGUGAAAAAAUCUAUUGGACAGAGGAUUGUGGACGAACUGAAGCACUAUUACCAUGGUUUUCGAUUACUGUGGAUUGACACAAAAAUAGCUGCAAGGAUGCUCUGGCGAAUACUUCAUGGAAACACUUUGUCUCGUCGAGAACGGAGACAGUUUCUUCGAAUAUGUGCUGAUCUUUUCCGUUUGGUCCCUUUCCUAGUUUUUCUUAUUGUCCCAUUUAUGGAAUUUUUGCUUCCGGUAGCUCUGAAGUUGUUCCCUAAUAUGCUUCCCUCUACAUUUGAGACAAAGUCUAAAAAGGAGGAAAGAUUGAAGAAAGAAUUGAGAGUAAAGCUUGAAUUGGCUAAAUUCCUUCAAGACACAAUUGAGGAGAUGGCCUUAAAAAAUAAAGCAGCCAAAGGAAAUGCUACAAAAGAUUUUUCAACGUUCUUUCAAAAGAUCAGGGAAACUGGUGAAAGACCCAGUAAUGAGGAGAUCUUAAGGUUCUCUAAACUGUUUGAAGAUGAGUUGACUCUGGACAAUCUAACCAGGCCUCAGUUGGUGGCACUUUGUAAAUUGUUGGAACUUCAGUCAAUUGGGACAAAUAACUUUCUCCGCUUCCAGCUGACUAUGAGGUUGAGAAGCAUAAAAGCAGAUGACAAACUGAUUGCUGAAGAAGGAGUUGAUAGCCUGACUGUUAAAGAACUGCAGGCAGCUUGUCGUGCCCGAGGUAUGAGAGCUCUUGGUGUGACAGAGGAGCGUCUCAAGGAACAGCUUAAACAGUGGUUAGAUCUGCACCUGAACCAGGAAAUCCCUACUUCGUUGCUUAUUUUAUCCAGAGCCAUGUAUCUUCCAGAUACCCUUUCUCCAGCUGAUCAGCUCAAAACAACACUUCAGACACUACCAGAGAGUGUUGCCAAAGAGGCUCAAGUUAAAGUGGCAGAAGUUGAAGGUGAAAAAGUAGAUAACAAAGCACGGCUGGAAGCAACACUUCAGGAAGAGGAAGCCAUCAGAAAAGAAAACGAAGAAAAAGAGAUGGAAAGAUUGUCUGAAGCUGCAGAGAAAGCCAAAGAAACCCUUCAAGUUGCAGCCAUGAAAGAGGUGGAAUCAGCAGUAGAUCUUGAAGCAGCUGUUCUGCAAGUUAAAAAAAGUCAGAUGGCUGUGGAUACUGAACAAGAACUGGCAAGGGCAGAUAUGGCGAUGCACUCAGAGACACUGAAAGAUACAGCACCGGUAUUGGAAGGCAUUAAGGGUGAGGAAAUCACUAAGGAGGAGAUUGACAUGCUGAGUGAUGCUUGCACCAAGCUGCAGGAACAGAAAAAAUCACUAACAAAGGAAAAGGAGGAGCUCGAGGAAUUGAAGGGUGAUAUCCAGGAGUAUAAUGAGGAUUUGCAAGAGAUAAAAGAGCUCUCUAAAACUGGCCAGGAAGAGGCAGUGGAAGAGUCAAAGGCAAGCAAGCGAUUGACCAAGAGGGUGAACCGAAUGAUUGGUCAGAUAGACAAAAUUAUUAAUGAAUUAGAGACAAAUCAAAAGAUGGUGGAUGUAAAGCUGGACGGUGGUGAUAGUCCUCCUGCUGGAUUGUGCUUCCUCUUCAGGGAGAACCUCAUCAGUAUUGCUGAGCUAAUUAAUGCGAUGAAACAAAUUCAGAAGAUUCCAGAGGAGAAGCUGACUAGGAUUGCAGAGGCACUAGAUGAAAACAAGGAUGGCAAAAUUGAUAUAGAUAAUGUUGUUAAGGUAGUAGAAUUGAUUGACAAAGAAGAUAUUGAUAUUGGCACCAGUCAGGUUGCUGAGAUUAUGGCACUGCUUCAAAAAGAAGAAAAACUGGAAGAAAAAGAGAAAGCAAAGGAAAAGCAUGAUAAAGAAGCUGCGGAAGCAAAGAAUUAAGCUUCAGAAUCUGAAGCUAAUCCCAAUUGUAACCAAAACCUUGUAUGUCUUUCUGUGUCUAAUGGCUACAUAUAACUUGAGCUUUGUGGUUAUGGGAAGUGUUUUGAGCUGAUUCUAGUAAUAAAUCAUAGAUAUGUUUUCUGACAUAUGGAAUGAAAUUUCCGUUCAUCAAAGAAGUGAUUUACUGUUAUUCCAUACAGAUGAAAACAAAAUAUGCUUCUUUAGCAGUGCUCCUGCCCACAAAAUCAUGUAUUUGCACUUGUGGUACAGUGAUCCAUUAAACUUGCAAGUUUGUUGUAUAAAUUAAGUGUAUCUAUCAUGGAAAAAUGUUUCUUAUUUAUUUUCUUUCAUCAUUACAUGGGGCCCAACCUUGCUCUGCUUCUACCUUUUAGCUUUUUCAGAGUUUAAUACAAACUUUCCCUUCCGUCACAACGUUACAUGUUUUGUAACCUGUUAGUGAAGAUUCUGUGGCUUCAGUACUAGCUCUUUAGAUUGAUUUGUUUUAUUUAAGCUAAAUAUCACUAAGCUGUUGCCUCACUGACAGAGAAUGUGGCAUUCUAAUCACUUUUAUGUAUUCAUGAUUAUUUUUUUCUGUUGAAGGGAAAAUCAGAUUUAUUUUUCCCUAGAAUGGAAACUUCCCAUGAAGUUUGCUUCUUAUGGGUGCCUUAAAUUUCUUAAGACUAAGGAGUAGAAGAUGUCCCUUCUACUCCAAAUUCCAUGAAUUACUAAAGCAUUGGAAUCACAGGAGCCUUUAAAAUAGUUUCAGAACAUUAUCUGUCACACAGUAAAGUGAGUUGAAGUGUUUGUCUAAAUAGCAAAAUGAAAAUAAUCAUAACGGGAAAAUGUCAGUUGUGAUCUUUUCGCAUAUAUUUUUUAAAAAUGCAGUUAUCUUCACAUGUUUGUUGUUUUUCAUCUGAUAAUUAUUUACACCAUAACUAGUCCUCUUACCUCUCAAUUUUCAUCUCAGGUAUAAAAUCACUAACCAGGUAUAGUCAAAGUACAUAAAUACUUUCAUCUCAUGGCCUUGCUUACUGUGCAGUCAACAAGUCAUGUCUGGUAUUGCCAGUGCUUUGAUUACAUCAUUGGCUUUCUAAUUAAUUGCUUAUAGUUACUGUCUUUAACUGUGUGAUUAAAUAGUGACAGUAGGUCAAGGUUUACUCAUUAAUGUCUGUCCUUAGUAGUAACUUUUUAUGUUUAAAAACUAAAAUACCAACUCUGGGAUGUUCCAUAAUUCCUGGUAGCCUAAAUUUUUCCACUAUUUCUUAAAAUCUGUUAUGAAAUACACAGUGUGACUUGAACCCGCAGGGUUAUGGUUUGGGUUUUUUUUAUUUUAUUUUUAUUUUGCACCCAGUAUUAUAAAACAUAUGAACAUUCUUGAUUUUUUGUACACUAUAGAGAGCACAUCUUACAAUGGCGCUGUACACAGUGAUAUUGAGGUGGGCAGUUAGUACUUAAUGCUUUUAGUCAUAGUUGCAUAUUUUCCUAGACAAUGUUGACUCCCAAGCGUAUUUCAGCAUAAUUCCGUGUUCAGUAUUUAUCUAGAUUGGCUAAAUUAUUUGUAAAAACUUAUUUGAAGUUAGUGGAACAGAAAAAGUUUUGACAGUCUCAUGGCUUGCAUGAUGGACCAUUGUAUUUAGUUGUUUCCAAAGCAAGAUGUACAGUAAGAUGUACAGUACAAUUAAUUCUAGAGAAAGAAUCAGUGUUUAGUUCAAGUAUUGAGUUCAUAUUCUGUACAGUUUGCAAAGAAAGCUGCUUACAGUAAGUGAGAGCCUCCUGAGAAUUACUGUAAUUGUAUCUGAAGUGUAAAAUUGCUAUGACAAAGCUGAAAUUUCAAAUCAGUGCGAUCUUUGUAGUUAAUGUACCCCUAAACAAGGGAGGGGGCUGUUCUCUUCCUUGUAAAUCGAGAUUAACUUGGAGAUUUCAGCAUGAAAGUCAGUUUGUAGAUUUUUGAAGAUAGGACUUCACUAGGUGCGUUUUUAGGCCAAAACUUAUCUUAGAUGAAAAUGCAAGAGUAUAACUAAUUUCACAAAAAUACAAUUUGAAAACUAAUUUUACAUUGUAUAAUUUACAAUUAGAAUUAAUGGGCUUUGAAGUAAGCUAAAUUUUGCAGUUGCAUAUCAUCAAUUUGAAAACAAUGUGUAACAAUCACUUGACAUUCCUGAAACAUGAUAAAGAUUCUGUAAAAUUGUCUGCUACCUUUCAUGGAAUAUCAAAAACCUAAGAAUUGUAUGCACUUCAAUGCAUGCAUGUUUAAAACAGGGAAGUAGCAGAAAAAGCUGUUUUCAAAGAUUUAUUGAUCAAAGUUUUACAGCGUUUUAACUGUCCUUACAGUAAAUUAUCUGAUUGUAGUAUUUGGGAGUUUAGGACACGUUGCUGCUGUUCUUUUUCUGUGUUUACUGUUCACUUAAAUUUUCUGUGGAUUAAAUAAGAAGGGAGCCAAAAAUAGCUGAUUUUUUUUUUUUUUAAAUGAAGAAUGUCCUGAUUAAAAUAAUUGUGAUACAUUUAUUGAACAUUUUUAGCUUUUGGACUUGUUUGAAAUUUGGCAUAUUGUGAAAUUUUAACAGGUUACAUAAAAUACAUUUAAAUGUCAAUCACAAAUGUCGGUUUUCCCGUGUUACCUAAAGCGUUUAAGGGACGUACGCAUCAACCGUAGCGAAGCCUUUUCACGGGGAAUAUUUUCCUUCUGAUAUUGAAAGUAGGCAAACCCAUGACGGCUGGACUUGAACAACACAUGUUCUGCAAGCUUAAAAAGCUUUGGAAGCCCUCGGUGAUUCACGUUUACCCGGUUUUGAACCUUCCCGAGCAGCUCUGUCCAGGCGAUACAGACAACUCCAGCAAAUCGGUGGCUUGAGGACUAGCUUCAGAUAACGUGCUUUGUUGUCUUUCGUGUUGACCAAAAAAACCAGAAGCUGCAGUACUUUCAGAGAAAGGAUGACUGCCGAGUGUACAGUAACCGGUCAGAACUUAUUCCUGAAUGAAUAUUUAGUCAGGAGAUGUAAAUAUUUGUUUAAAUAAUUAAAGGAUGUGUGAGAUUUAGGUGACCUUGUGACUUACACAGGCAAAGCCUCUAAGCUCAGAGUUGGGUAAGACCAUUGUUGGGGUUGUUUCAGAUUCAAAUAAGAUCAGAUUUUGAUUAUAAACUAUUCAGGGGGGAAGAAUGUAAAACAUAAACAGCUUUUAAAAAAAUCCAUUUAGCAACGAAGUAGGACAUCAUUUCUUUCUCCCCUUCAAAACAAGCAGGUUAUAGGACCUAUUUUAUUGAAAAACUUGUUUCUGUUUCAUGUUGGCACAAAAGAUCAUUUUUUGACUGAGAUUUUCAUCACUGACUGCAUGCUGUGAGAGUAAAUCUGCCUGCAAGUUACUUACCAGAAUGCUAGUUUAAUAGGUAGUUUGUCAGCAGGACUGCAUGCAGGUAGAGAAUAAUCUCGACAGGAUAGGACUUUACACUUAACGUGGACUUUUUCCGGGGGGAAAAAGUUACAUCUUUUAUACAACUCCAAAAUACUUCUUGUAACUUUGUAUCUACAUACCUUGCUAAUCAUUUAAACUUUAGCUACUUUAGCAUGUAUUUAAAUACUUUUAAAUUGUUUAUAUCAAAUUAUUUAAUUAAAAGAAUAAUCCCAUAUUCUGUUCUUUGUAUGUAUUCCAAGUUUUGCUUUUCAGUUGAAUUUCAGCCCGUGUUAUAAAUUUAAGUUGAAGAUCAUUUGUCUGUGCUCUGAGCAUACUGGUCCUGUGUUUGCCAUAAUGCAGUAUAUUUUAAGUUAAUUGGAGCUUGUGUCCUUUGUUUAGUUAUAAUAAAUGUGUCAUUUUGAAA